GUCAACAGGCUACGCCACCAUAGGGAACAAGACCCGCAGAAAAACCCGGCCAUCAAACUCCUCGACUUCUUCACGGAGAAAUAUGACAACGAUAAGCCCGGACGGUCCGGCCUCACGUACCUACUCCAGAGGACUAGCCUGGACAGCAAAGUGGUGAGGAAUGGCUACGAUGUGAUCGGCAGUGGACUGAUCAAAAAGACACUUGACUACUGGAAAACCGUAUGG